CUUAGCUCUUAGGGGUUUAACAACACCACAAAUCCAAUAACCAAAUCUCACACACAACCCAAGCAAGGCAAAAAUGUCUCAAUUCCAACUCGUCGCCGUACUUGCAACUGCUGCCUGCCUCAUGUGCAGCCUGGCUGUGGCACAGCCUGUGCCCUCGGAUUCAGCCGAUGCUCAUGCCGAGAUACGCAGCUACGAGAAUGAACUGAAGCAGGACGACAACAGCUACAAGUAUCAGUUCGAGACAAGCAAUGGCAUUGCACAGCAGGAGCAGGGUGUGGGCGGAUAUUAUGCCAGCGGCUCGUCGCAGUAUUAUGCACCAGAGGGUCAACUGAUUCAAUUGACAUACACCGCCGAUGAGAAUGGCUUCCAGCCGCAGGGUGAACAUCUGCCCACGCCGCAUCCCAUUCCCGAGGCGAUUCUCAAGUCUCUCGAAUGGAAUCGCAAUCAUCCCGAGGAGGAGCAAGAGGAGGCCCAUUACCAUGCCGCCCAUGAGCAUUCUGCUCAUGCUGCUCAUGGUGGUCACCACCAGCAUGGCGACCAGUAUCUGCAGGUGCCCGCUUCAGCGCCAGCGGCUCCCUCUGGUCUGCCAUAUGAGCGCAAGAUUUAAAUUAGUCGACAGCAAGUUUGCCUCACAUUACACUCAUCCUCUUUGAGGGUGUGUGUGUGUGGUCUGAGCAAACAUGUUGCAUGUCCAACUUGUAGUUUAAGUCUUCGCUCUCUCACUCACAUCUCCAUCAUCUUGUGUUCCCUCAUGUUCGAGUGCCUCUGUGUGUCCCGUGUGUGUUCCUUUGCAUGACCAACGCAACAAACAUCAGCAAACAAUCGUCAGCAACAGCAGCAACAGCAGCAGCAGAAGAUGGGCUGAAGCUUCAGCUGAAACUGAUGGAUGCCAACACUCCUACUCAAUGCCACAUGCCUUGAUACACACACACACACAAAGACACACACUCGAAUACACAUCAACAUUGUACAUACACAUGCACGUGUCUGCUCCUGGGCGCUGUGUCCUUUGGUCCUUUGUCGGCUCGCUGACGUUGACAUUUAUUGCCAGAGAUAAUAAUAAUGUAAU